AUGUUUGCGUUUGUUCUUUUUACCUUGAGAUGCUUGUGCACAGAGCAUUUAUUUAUGCAAGAGUCAUCGUUGCUAACGCCUUAUGUUGAUGGAGUGGGUAGUUUUGCGAAUUGGAAUGCGUUUGGUGAGUCUGUAGUUAAGAUAAAUGGUAAGAGCACGUUUAUUCAGCUUGGAUUUUCAUCACCAGAUAGUUCUGGAGCAAUAGUGUCUUCUCAGCCAAUAAAGCAAGAUAGGUUCUGCAUUGAUUUUGUUAUAGAGAUUGCGAAUCAAGAGAAUAAUGGCAAUGAUGGAGAGGAGGGAAUGUCCAUUUGGAUGUCUGGAGAGAGUACAUUUGAGGAGGGUGCUUGUUAUGGUCGGUCAUGCAAUUUUAAUGGGAUUCUUGUUGCAAUCAAGCCAUCUGGUAAAUCUUAUAUUGGUGUAAAGGCCGGAGAUGUGCAUGCAAACACACAGAAUGCCGACAGAUCAUUUGAUAAGGUGGUUUACAGAGAUUUUGUACCUGGUGAUGUUUUUAUUGUGCGUAUUGAGCAGGACGAUCAGCUUACGGUUUACAUAGGAGAGUCAAAUAAUCUUGUGCCAGUGCAUGGCUAUAAGGCACUUGCUAGUAAAAAAGACAAUUUUAUUGGCGUUUCUGCAUAUACAGGCAAAUACCCUUCAUCCAUGAGAAUUAUUGGGAUUGAAUCAUAUAAGCUCAAGAAUUUCAAACGCCUUGUACGAGAUGAGUCUCAAAGAGGAGGUAGUCUUGUGUGGAUUCUUUUCUUCAUAGUGAUAGGUGUAACGGGAUAUUAUCUUUACUCGAUACAAAUUAAAAAGAAGUAA